UGCCCCCCCCUCCCCCUCAACUCUCUCCCAUUACCAAGGUAGGUUAGGGUGUUCUACCAACCUACCCCACCAAGCACCCCACCUCCGGUGACAUUUUUUACCUUUCGCACAUCUCGAGUAGCAAUCGCAAGCUUCCACAUCAUCAUCAUGUUGUAGUUACAGUCCCAGUCGCAUGCCUAUUCAUCUUCGAUAUCAAACCAUUGAGUAACGACACAACUGCUCUGUGAAUACCUCACCGCAUAUCGACACCCCACCAAGCAUCCUCUCCCAAUCGUCCCUAAUACUACACUUCAAAUUUAUCCAGAAUGCCGCCCACCCUGCCGCCCCUCUCAACUAUCCUCCCCCCUCUAAUCUGCGGCACCGCAACCUUCAACAACCUCUACAAUGCCGACGCUGCCCUUGUACCCACGAACGCCAUCAUAGAGCGCGCACUCGACCUCGGCGUCCGCGCCUUCGACACCUCCCCCUACUACGGACCCUCCGAAGAGCUCCUGGGCAAAGCUCUCUCGACGCCAUCCGUCCUGCGAAAUCACCCUCGCUCCAGCUACCGCAUUGUUACGAAAGUCGGGCGAAUCGCCAACGCGGAGUUUGAUUAUAGUCCUGAGUGGGUGCGGUAUUCGAUUCAACGGUCGUUGCAGAGGCUGCAUACUUCCUACCUCGAUGUAGUUUACUGUCAUGAUGUUGAAUUUGUGACGCCGGCUGAGGUGCUUGUCGCUGUCAAGGAGUUGCGCCGGACACGCGAUGAGGAGGGAACUAUAAAGUACAUUGGGAUCUCGGGCUACCCGGUUCCCUUGCUCUGCGAGCUUGCGGAACUGGUACUAAGAGAGACGGGCGAGCCGCUGGAUGCAGUUAUGAGCUAUGCAAAUUUCACGCUGCAGAACACGACUUUGAUGUCUCUGGGCCUUGGAAGGCUGAAGAGGGCUGGCGUAAGCUGCGUGCCCAAUGCAAGUAUCCUGGGUAUGGGGCUCCUGCGCAGCGUGGGUGUUCCCGUGGGAGGCAAGGGCGAUUUCCAUCCAGCACCAAGGAAGCUGAGGGAGAAGUGCAUGGAGGCUGCAAGGUACGUGGAGGAGACAGGUGAGAGGCUGGAGGUUGUCAGUAUUCGCUGGGGAUUGGAUACGUGGUCUCGCGACGCAGCAAGCUUAGGAGGUGUAGGUGGAAUAGGAGUCUCAGUCAUGGGGGUCAGCAAUCUUGAGGAAUUGGAAGAGACGAUGCGAGUUUGGAACAGUGUUCUGGAUGGCCUCCCACUCGCUGGUAGAGAAGCCACAACAGAGAAGAAAGAAUGGAGUCUUGCGAGAGCGGCAGAAGUUGCUGAAAAAGCGAAAGCUGUAUGGACUAUUUUGGGUGAGUGGAAGGAUUAUACAUGGCCCUCUCCUGAUGAGGGAUAUGUCAAUGUCAGGGUUGUCAAGGGCGUCGUGGAUGAGAUUGCGCCUCUGCCACCAGUAAAGGAUGGUUCUGCGAAGGAUAGUAGGUUGUGAGCAUAGCGUGGGGUUGCCGGCUGGUUAGCUGGCUGUUUGGGUUUUGCAUAGAUAGGCGUCUGGGAGUGAACUGCGUGACUUUCCAAAUUAGUAUCUUGCAACAUUUGACUCUUAUAUUGUG